AUGAGCACCACGGAGGGUCAGCCAGCCGCUCCGGCUGGCUCGCCUUCUCCUCGAGGCGCGAUCGCGGUGGUUGGCCUCGCGUGUCGCUUUCCAGGCAAUGCCAACAACAUCUCUGGCCUCUGGCAGAUGAUGGAGGAUGGAAUCAGUGCCUGGACAAAGAUUCCAGAGGCUCGCAUGAAUGUGUGUGGCUACUAUCAUCCUGACCCCAGCCGCCGGGGAAGUUUUCACUUUCGUGGAGCACAUUUUCUGCAAAACGACCUAGCAGAGUUUGAUGCAGGAUUCUUCUCAAUCUCCCCCAAUGAGGCCAUUGCUAUGGAUCCGCAACAGAGGAUGCUCUUGGAAGUCACGUAUGAAGCAAUGGAGACAGCUGGUAUACCUAAAGAGAAAAUAGAUGGCACCGAUGCAACUGUUUGGAUUGGUUCUUUUGUCAAAGAUUACGAGCAAUUGUGUCUGCGAGAUCAAGACCAGACACCACAAUACGCGGCAACUGGCAACGGAAUUGCUAUUCUAGGCAACCGAAUCUCCCACUGCUAUAAUCUUGCCGGAACAAGCCAGACUAUGGACACCGGCUGCAGUGCCAGCCUUGUUAGCAUUCACCAAGCGUGCCAAAGUCUUUUGAGUGGAGAGUGUUCUACAGCAAUCGCUGGCGGAGUCGGCCUGAUCCUUACCCCAAACACCAUCCUGCCCAUGACCUCUGUCGGGUUCCUGAGCUCAGACGGAAAGUGCUUCGCGUUCGACUCUCGAGCCAACGGCUACGGCAGAGGAGAGGGCGCCGGCAUCGUGAUCCUACGCAGGCUCGAGGACGCAAUCGCCAACAACGACGUCAUCCGGGGAGUGAUCCGCUCGACGGCGAGCAACCAAGAUGGCCGCACGCCCGGCAUCACCAUGCCCAGCCUGGAGCGUCAGAUGAGCAACAUCGUCCAGACCUACCGCAAGGCCGGGCUCGACACGGACAGGACCGAGUUUGUCGAGUGUCACGGCACCGGCACCAAGGCGGGUGACGUGCGUGAGCUGGAGGCCAUAUACCGCGCCAUAUCCACCAACCGUGACAUCGACAACCCUGUCAUCGUCGGCUCCGUCAAGACCAACAUUGGGCAUCUCGAGGGCGCUGCUGGUGUAGCUGGUGUCAUCAAGGCCGUCUUGGCUACGGAGAAGGGCUUCAUUCCCAAACAUCUCAACUUUAUCGAGCCAAACCCAAACAUCGACUUUGAAGGCUGGCGAGUCAAAGUCCCCACGGAGCUGACCCCCUGGCCUGUGCCUGGUCUACGCCGAGCCAGCGUCAACUGUUUUGGUUUUGGUGGCACAAAUGCCCAUGCCAUCAUUGAGGAUGCGGCACAUCAUCUAUCGGAAGCAAACCUCGCCGGUUUCCAUGCCAGUCACCUCUUCCCUGGAGAUACGCUCCUCGAGUCUACCAAAGCGUACCCUCAAGGCUUUGUAGAUGAUGACGCCCCUCGGCUGUUUGUCUACUCGGCUCAUGAAGAGGAGCGGGUUUCUUUGGUUGCUCAAUCCCACGCACCCUACCUCCGCAAGCGUGUAGAGGAUGGGUCUGCGACUUCAAAACUGAUGAACCAGUACGCUCACACGCUGCUAGAGCGCCGAUCAAAGCUCGGGUGGAAAGCCUUCUUGGUUGCCCGCAGCCCUGCAGACCUCCUCCGAAAGAUCUUCAACUUUGACAACAGCCUGGUGAUGGACUCGCCCCGAGACGCCCAAGUCCGAACCGCUCUCGUCUUUGGCGGACAGGGUGCUCAGUGGCACGCCAUGGGAAGAGAGCUUUUGGAAUACGCCGUCUUCAAGAGCAGCAUCGAGGCUGCCGAUUCCUACAUCCGCCACGAGCUGGGCGCAGACUUUAGCCUGCUGGAGGUGCUGACGUCGGACCAGGACGGCUCCCGAGUCGACCUGCCUCGCGUGUCACAGAUCUCAACGACGGCCGUCCAGGUGGCGCUCGUCGAAGUCCUCCACGCCAGCAACGUGGCCCCGGUCGCCGUCGUGGGCCAUUCUUCGGGCGAGAUCGCAGCAGCAUAUGCCGCGGGUGCCAUAAACUGCGAGAGUGCUUGGAAGAUUGCGUAUUACCGUGGCCACUGCGUUGCAUCUUGGCAAGAAAAAGACAAUGUCCCGCCCGGCAGAAUGCUUGCGGUCGGACUUUCGGCUCGGGAUGUACAGAGGUUUAUUGACCAGACCUCGGGGGGCAAUGUGCAAAUUGCUUGCUACAACGGUCCUUCGUCCGUCACUCUCUCAGGCGACGAGGCUGCGAUACUCGAAGUCCAAAAUCUCUUGGCCGAGUCUGGAUGUUUCAGCCGCCUCGUGUCUGUGAAUGCCGCCUAUCACUCCCAGCACAUGGAGCACGUUACAACAGACUAUCUUCAGAAGCUCGGGUCCAUCGAGAUUCAAGAUGCAGCGUCAGGCCCAGUUCUAUACUCUUCCCUGACGGGCUCUAAGAUUUCUCCCAGCAGACUGGGUGCCAAGCACUGGAUCAAGACACUAACUUCUCCUGUCCUUUUUCAUCAAGCAGUACAGACUAUGAUGAGAAAUGCUAGUCCAACUGUCAUUGUGGAGCUAAGUCCCACCGGUAUCUGGGAGGGGACUAUUCGUCGCGUCCUUACAACCAUGGACUAUCACGAGCCGGUUCCCUACUUUAGUGUUCUCCAGAAUGACACGGGUGCAAUGAAUUCGACACUCCAAGUCCUCGGUGAGCUCUGGACUCGCGGAGUUCCCAUCAAGAUGGACUGGACCUACUCCAAGUCGCAGUCCCAACAGAGUAGUCUUGUGCAGAAUAGCCGUCCACCUCAGCACCUCCACGAUCUACCCCCUUACCCCUGGAACCACGACAAGCUAUACUGGUACGAGUCUCAGCUGUCAAAGAACAACCGUUUCCGCACCCACGGCAGGGAGGAUCUCAUCGGCGCACCGUUUGAUCUCGGAAUCAAGACCGAGAAGUCGUGGCGCGGCUUCUUUCGUCUCAAGGAGAACCCCUGGAUCGAGCAUCACCAGGUGCAAAAGUCGAUCCUGUAUCCCGCUGCUGGAAUGGUAGCCAUGGCACUCCAAGCUGGACAGCAGCUUGCCGAGAUGAGCCGACAAGAGGUGAUUGGCUUCGAGGUCAAGUCCCUCUCCAUCCUUGCCCCGAUUAUCGUCCCUACUUGGACCGAUGGGCUUGAGCAUGCAAUCAGCACCAAGUUAAGAAAAUCAGAAAACAACGAGCCGCUGCAGGGCGUUGCAAUCUAUGAUUUUUCAAUCUAUACCAAGCCUGACGGUAUAGCCACCACCAAGCAUGCCGAGGGCCAGCUGCACAUUCUGUACGGCGACGUGGCAAGCAGCACACUUGUGGAAAUGCAGCUUGAGGAUUCAGCCCAUCGAAACACAUACAGCCGAUACAAAGAGACCAGCGACGAGGAGAUGAGUCCGCGCCAGCUAUACGAGGAACUAAACAAUCUUGGUCUCAACUACGGACCUUUGUUUCGUAAUAUUAAAAAAAUGUCCCGAAGCUCACGAAGCGGCGGCUACUGCCAAAGCCAAGUCCAGAUUCCCGACACCGCAUCGGUCAUGCCAUUUGGAUACGAGUUCCCUCACCUCAUCCACCCCGCAACUCUGGACUCAUUCCUGCAGACGGUCUUUGCCAUUGGUGAGGGCGUCAUGCUGCCCUGCUAUAUAGACAGUAUUUUCGUCUCGGCAGACAUGCCACAGGGCGCCGGCAGCCGAUUUCUUGGAUAUACAACGGCGCAGAUGACGGCGUCACGUUCUGCGGUGGCCGACGUGGUCAUGUUUGACGACCAGCUCGACCAGGUCAGGGUUUCCAUCAAGGGCCUGAAGUUCAAGUCGGCAGUCGCGGCGGUGGGUGAUGGUGCUGGCUUUUUGUCGAACAACCGCAACCUCUGUUCUGAGAUUGUUUGGAAGGAAGAUAUUGGCGGGACUAGUGUCGGUGAUCUCAUGACAUGGGUUGACUGUCUGGGCCAUACCAAGCCUGCUCUGUGCGUACUUCAGCUUGGAAGCGUUUCGGGGAUUGCUUUCAGGGUUAUCGAAGCUCUUGAGAACGGCUAUGGGACACCGCGCUUUGGAUCAUAUACGCUCUGCGAUAGGGAGGACCUCAUAUUCUCUCAGCUGCAACACGAAUACGCUGGCGCUCCCGUCAUGCAGCGAAUUCUCUGGGAGCCUAUGCAGCAGGUGGCCAUGACAUCGCAGUAUGAUCUCAUCAUCCUGGACGCCUCCCAACUUCAACAUUUAGUGGAAGCCAGCCAUGUGCUGAACCCAGGUGGAUAUAUUAUCGUGCAGCUGGAGAGUGUCGUCGACGACAACAAAAACAACGACACUGACUGUCUGAGAAUAACCAAGCGACUUGCCAAUGCUGGAUUUCGGAAUCCUAAGAAACUCCACGACAAUUCUGGUCAGCAUUCGUACUUCGUUGCUCACAGCUUCAACACCCCUGACAAACCAACUGGAGGCCAGCUUCAUGUUACGAUAUUGCGGCCCGAGUUGCUAACCCCCUUCGUGGAUAAGCUGAACAAAUCUCUGAUUAAUAGCCUUGGAGCCCUGCCACAGAUCACAUGUACUUCUGUUGCUGUUUCUGCCCACGGCAAGUUCGACUCCAGAACGGUCUACAUUUCAUUGCUGGAGGCAGAAACGCCCCUCAUCUUUGAUCUCGGCGAGUCACAGUGGGAAAUGCUCCACGGCAUCUUCCGCACCAAGCAGCUUCUUUGGGUGACUGCAGGUGCUCAUAUGUCAAACAUCAACCCACUCAUGGCUGCUUCAAUCGGCUUGAUGCGCACCAUCAGAUCCGAGGGCGGCCAAAAGAGGCUUGUAUCUGUCGACAUUGACCCAAGCACUGACAACAACAUUGUAUCCACUUCAAAGACGCUGUGUGACAUAUUGGAGGCGAACUUUGUCACAUCGACAGCUGUCAGGGAGUCUGAAUAUGUCAUUCGGAACGGAAAACGGUUCAUCCCCCGCCUCGUGACGCUACCUGCUGUCAACUCGCUCCUAGAGAAGGAAGCCCACCUCCCUGAUCGCCUUGAGGAGUUUCCGUUGUGGCAAGACGACUGCCAAGUGAAGCUCGCACCAGAGUCUGUAGGCAGCCGCCUUGGCUUGUACUUCAUGAAAGAUGACACAAUGACCCGACCUCUGAAAGAAACAGAGAUUCGCGUCAAGGUGAAACAGAGCCACCUCCUUCCACACGACAUUGAGGCCCUGCGAGGCAAUGGCGGUGAGGUUGGGUCCGAUGCCGUCGGCACCAUCCUAGAGGUCGGAUCAAAAGUCUCCAGCCACUUUAAAGUCAACGACCCGGUGGUAGUCUUUGCCCGCGGCACAAUCAGCAGCGCCAUCAUUACCGAGCAAAAGUUCCUCUGGUCUCGCGGGACCGCCAACCACCCACCCCAUCGAUCCUUCAGCCCGACGGCUUUCAUCAGUGCAGCCUAUGGCCUCGUCAUUUCCGGCCGUCUCAGAACGGAGCACACUGUUCUCAUCCACGCGGCGGCUUCUGCCUAUGGCCAGGCUGCCGUCUACAUCGCCAAAGCCAAAGGCGCAUCCGUAAUCGCCGCCGUGACAUCUCCCGAGCAGAGGGAAGUCGUACGCGCGCUUGGCGUCGCUGAUGAUCGCAUUGUCGACGGCCGAGACGAUGCGUUUGUCGGCCCCGUCGGCAGACUUACUGGAGGACGUGGUGUCGAUGUCGUCUUCAGCCCCGCCUCUCGCAGCCUCGUUGCCAACUUUAGGUCCUGCGCAGAGUUUGGUCGGAUUGCUCAGCUGGCGAGUGAGAAUCUUAAACUGCCGUCGAUGGAGCAAGCGGUUCUCAAGAAUCUAUCCCUCGAGACCUUUGAUAUUUUCAAGCUAGUCGAGAAGCAGCCGUGGGUCGUGGAGGAAGCGAUCAAUGAAGUUAAUGCCCUCCUGAAAAACAGCAUCUCAGCCUGCAGCACCCAUCCCAUGACUUUCCGCAAAUUCGAGAGCUUGGGAACCGAAGCAAUCGACACUACCACAGACCCAUGGUUAGGUUUGCAUGUCGCGGAGGCUAGAGAAGACACUCGUGUCAUGAUGCCCGUGAACCUCACCGAGCCUUUGCAGUUGAACAGCAGCGGGACUUAUGUCCUCGUGGGCGGCCUCGGUGGGAUUGGCCGAAGCAUUGCUCAGUUGAUGGUCGAACGGGGCGCGCACCACUUGGCAUUCCUCUCUCGGUCUGGCGCAAAAUCAAAACCUGCGAUGGAUCUCAUCUCCUCGCUGAAGCUCAAGGGUGUCGAAGUUCAAGACUUGAAGGUGGACAUUUGCGACGAGAAAGAGAUGAGGGAGACCUUCUCGUUUGUUCAACAAAACAUGCCCCCCAUCAAGGGCGCUAUUCAAUGUGCCGCCGUUCUCGAGGACUCCAUCUUCGACAAGAUGACCUACACCAAAUGGGCAAAAGCCUUCCACCCCAAGGCCAUCGGAUCGUGGAACCUACACAACAGCCUUCCCGACACGCUCGACUUUCUCAUCUUCCUCUCCAGCUCGGCCGGCGUGCUCGGCAACCGCGGCCAGGCCAAUUACGCCGCGGGCAACACGUUCCAGGACGCGCUGGCGCACCACCGCGCCUCCCUCGGGCGGCGCAGCGUGUCGCUCGACCUCGGCCUCGUGCUCGGCGCGGGCAUGGUCGCGGAGAACGAAAGGCUGCUUGACGUGAUGCUCGCCAACGGCUUCUUCGGCAUCGGGUUGCGCCACGUCCGCUUCCUGCUCGAGCGCGCCAUGUCACCGCAGCAGCAGCGGCCCGGUUCUGGACGGGGACUGCUGCGGCUGCCGACCCAGGUCGUCACGCAGAUGGGAUCGGGCGGCCUCGUCCUCCAGGAUCGGCCCGUCGAUCCGUUCUGGACCCGCUCGCCGCUCUUCCGGUACCUCAACCAGGUCGACCUGCCCGCCGGCACUGUGGAUUUCUUCGCGACGGGCGCGGGGGAGGACGUCGGAGACGAUCGACACCACGGUCGGAGCGGCAGCAAAAGCAGCAGCAACAACAGCAAUAACGCUGGACAGGACCUCCGCAUUGCGAUCCGCCGGGCCUCGUCUCCUGAGAAAGCGGCGUCCAUCGCGGUCGGCGCCGUCACUCGCGCCCUGGCAAGGUUCAUGGGCGUGGGGCUGGGGUGCAGCAGUAGCAGCAGCAGCGGCAGCACCGCGGGCAGCAGGCCCAACACGGCGGCCGGGUCUGCCAACACAUCCUUCGUCUCGACGCCUGUCAGCUCCACGUUUAGCAGCGCCGCCGUCGUUACUGUCCCUUUGCCGCGGGCGUCGACGGGCGGCCUGCUGGAUCCAUCGCGGUCGACUGUCAGCUACGGCGUCGACUCGCUUGUCAAGCUCAACAUCACACGCUGGAUCGUGGACCAGUCGGGCGUGGCGAUCGGAGACGUCGACGAGUUUCCGAGCAUCAAUGAGCUUGGGGCCAAGAUUGCUGAGCUGGUUCUUGCUGGUUCGGCUGGAGAGACGAACUGA